AUGGCGGCAGUUAACAGCGACAACGACUCUACAACCGCCGCUAACAUCACCAACAUGCUCCAAUCCGUCACUCUCACUGAAGAGGUUUUUCCGCCGGAGAUCAUCUUUGAUAUUCUGGUGAGGCUUCCGGUGAAGACAUUGCAGCGGUUUAGGGCUGCAUGCAAGCUCUGGAACGAAAUGAUCUCAUCGGACCGCAAAUUCGCGAAGGAGCAGCUCCGGCGAGCCACCGCCACCGUCACCGCCACCGACGGCCGCGACUGCAACCGCCUCAUUAAGUACGUACACUCCUACCCAGGUGAACCAAUCACUUCGUUUAUGAGAGACUACUCUCUCAGAUCCUUAGCCAGCAGCUCCGGCAACCUCGCAGGCACUUACUCUGAGCCCAAGGGCCCUCUUGUCGAAGGAGACUGGAUGCAUUUCGAUGGCGAUUCUUGUCAUGGUUUGCUUCUUCUUAACAUUGAGACGGCCGAAAACGCUAUGGUUGUUUGGAACCCUUCCACAGGGAAGUUCAGGACCUUGCCGCCGGUUAAGGACCACCCAAUGCAAUCUUGUUCCGUUCACACUGGGUUCGGGUAUGAUUCUUCCACCGACACUUACAAGGCGGUGGAAGUUUCUCACCACAGAGGAGUGAACAUUGCCAUGGCUCAUACCGUGGGCACGGAUUCAUCAUGGAGAGUGGUUCCGAAUUUUCCUGGUGGUUCCCCUCGAGGCUGCACGAAAUUCGUGAGCGGAAGUAUUCACUGGUUGAUGAUUCAGAGCAAGAUAACGGAGUUUGGUGAGUAUAUGGAUUACUAUGUUGUUGUUUCUAUGGACAUGGGAACGGAGACGAUCGAGGAAGUGGUGGUGCCGGAGAAAAUUAUCGGGGAUCUGGAGUUGGCGGUGUUGAAUGAUUGGUUGUGCAUCGUUGGUCGUGGAUCCAUGAUUUGUGAUGUUUGGGUUAUGAAGGAGUAUGGAAAUGCAGAAUCUUUGACUAAGUUGUUCAGUAUUCCCUACGUAGAAACAAAUCCUCCUUCUCGUCCCUGGUAUAGUGUUAUGGACACUGUUUCUGAUGAUGAGAUACUGCUUCACAACAGGAUAAGCUUUGUUGUCUAUAAUCACAAGAACCAAACUUUUAGUGUUCCUGUGCUUCAAGAAUUCCGUGGUCUUAGCGAUUUCAGGGUCUAUACUGAGAGUUUGGUGUCACCCUGA